AGUAAUAAAAAAAAGAUAAAGUGAGAGUGUGGUGUGGUUAGUGAGGGUGUAGUGUGUGUAGCUCGGUGAGAAAGAAAGGAAUUGGAAAGGAUGAUGAAGCUGAAAGUGUAUGCGGACCGCAUGUCCCAGCCAUCUCGUGCGGUUCUUAUCUUCUGCAAAGUCAAUGGAAUCGAUUUUGAGGAGAUCAAGAUUGAACUAUCCAAACGCCAGCACUUAUCUCCAGAAUUUCAUGCUAUUAACCCUUUCAAGAAAGUCCCUGCUAUUGUUGAUGGAAGGUUCAAGCUAUUUGAGAGUCAUGCAAUUCUUAUCUAUCUUGCUUGUGCCUUCCCAGGAGUUGCUGACCAUUGGUACCCAUCUGAUAUUUCCAGGAGAGCUAGAAUUCAGUCUGUGUUAGAUUGGCACCACCUGAAUUUGCGCCCCGGAGCAGCAUCAUAUGUUCUAAAUACUGUACUAGCUCCAUUAUUGGGUCGUCAGCUAAACCAACAAGCAGCUGCUGAAGCUGAGAAAGUUUUGAUAUCAUCCCUGUCAACAAUAGAGAACAUUUGGCUUAAGGGGAAUGGUCGAUACUUGCUUGGUGGCCUCCGACCGUCCAUUGCAGACCUGAGCCUGGUUUGUGAGAUUAUGCAAUUGGAGCUUUUAGACGAGAAGGACCGAGAUCGUAUUCUUGGUCCGCACAAGAAAGUUCAGCAGUGGAUUGAGAGCACAAAAAAUGCAACGAGGCCUCAUUUUGACGAAGUUCAUAAUGUCCUCUAUAAGCUCAAAACAAAGCUUUCGGUGCAACAAUCUAAGCAGGCAGAUAGCGUGAUGGAACCUAGGAUUAAAACCCCACUAACUUCAAAGUUGUGAUUAACAAUCAUGUCAGUAAUGUACUUGUUGAUACUAUCCUAUACCUACCUAGAAGCUUAUGUGAUGUGUUUUUUAUUUUGUUGGUAUCAGGCUUGAAACCUCGAUUUAUGUUUGUAUUCACAUCCCUUAAUAAGGCUUCUAAGCUUAGCUCAUAAUAAAUGUAUUUGUCAUAAUGCCAUUUAAGGAUUCAAUCGAGUCCUAAGUGCAGACAUAAUUUGUGUAA